AUGAUGCGUACUUCGCUCUCGGGUCUCCCCCGUAGCGCCCGUUCGCUUGUUCUUUCCCGAGGCGCACACAAGGAAGUCAAGUUCUCCAAUGAGGGGCGGGCAGCGAUGCUCAAGGGCGUAGACAUCCUUGCCAAGGCCGUUUCUGUCACGCUUGGUCCCAAGGGGAGGAACGUGAUUAUCGAGCAGCCAUACGGCGGCCCAAAGAUCACCAAGGACGGUGUGACUGUGGCCAAGUCCAUCCAGCUCAAAGACAAGUUCGAGAACCUCGGUGCCCGCCUCGUCCAGGACGUUGCUUCCAAAACCAACGAAAUCGCCGGUGAUGGUACCACAACUGCCACGGUCCUCGCACGUGCGAUUUACUCUGAGGGUGUCAAGAACGUGGCAGCUGGAUGCAACCCCAUGGACCUCCGCCGUGGUGCUCAAAAGGCAGUGGACAAGGUCAUCGAGUUCCUCGAGGCCAACAAGCGAGUGAUUACCACUUCCGAGGAGAUCGCCCAGGUCGCCACUAUCUCCGCCAACGGUGAUGCUCACAUCGGCCAACUUAUUGCUACCGCUAUGGAAAAGGUCGGCAAGGAAGGUGUAAUCACUGUCAAGGAGGGUAAGACGAUCGAGGAUGAGAUCGAGAUCACGGAAGGAAUGAGGUUCGAUCGCGGAUACAUUUCCCCGUACUUCAUCACCGACGUCAAGACCCAAAAAGCCGAAUUUGAGAAACCGCUCGUCCUGCUCUCCGAGAAGAAGAUUUCGGCCCUCCAGGAUAUCCUCCCCUCGCUCGAAAUCGCAGCCCAAUCCCGUCGUCCGUUGUUGAUCAUUGCUGAGGAUGUCGAUGGCGAAGCGCUCGCAGCCUGCAUCCUCAACAAGCUGCGCGGACAACUGAGCGUAUGUGCAGUCAAGGCACCCGGGUUCGGUGACAACCGCAAGUCCAUCCUCGGGGAUCUCGCCAUCUUGACGGGCGGCACAGUCUUCUCGGACGAGGUCGACGUCAAGUUGGACCAAGUCACCCCAGACCUGUUGGGUUCGUCCGGCUCGAUCACGAUCACCAAGGAAGACACCAUCUUCCUCAACGGCGCCGGGUCCAAGGACGCCAUUGGCGCUCGGUGCGAGCAGAUCCGGGCUGUACUGAACGACCCGACAACGUCCGAGUUUGACAAGACCAAGCUCCAAGAGCGUCUCGCCAAGCUGUCUGGCGGUGUGGCCGUGAUCAAGGUCGGAGGAUCGUCCGAGGUCGAAGUGGGCGAAAAGAAGGAUCGCUACGACGAUGCGUUGAACGCUACGCGCGCAGCCGUCGAAGAAGGUAUCGUACCCGGUGGAGGUGUCGCACUCCUCAAGGCUGCUCUCUCGCUCACACCCGAAUCCGUCGCGACGUCCAACUUUGACCAGUCGCUCGGUGUGAGCGCAAUCAAGAAUGCGUUGCAGCGCCCCGCAAAGACGAUUGUUGAGAAUGCAGGGGAAGAGGGAAGCGUGAUUGUUGGUCAGAUUUUGGAAAAAUAUGGCGACAAGUUUACGUGGGGAUAUGAUGCCAGCAAGGGAGAGUUUACGGAUAUGAUCGCGAGGGGUAUUGUCGAUCCUUUGAAGGUCGUCAGGACCGCUCUUGUCGAUGCUAGCGGCGUGGCGAGCUUGUUGACUACCUCCGAGGCAUGCAUCGUCGAGGCACCAGAAGACAAGGCUCCUGCUGCCCCCGGAGGCAUGGGAGGCAUGGGCGGUAUGGGAGGUAUGGGCGGCAUGGGUGGAUUCUAA